UACGUUUUCCAUAGCGUUCCUCCAGCUUGGUGUGUAAACGACCCAAACAUUGCUGGUAUAGUCGGCUGCAGCCUCGUUCCGGCGAUCAACAUGUGACAAGUUUUCCAUUAUAUUUGGAAGCCAAUGCUCAGAGGUGUCGAGUUCCUUCCCCCACCUCCAGGCCAACGUUUUUUCUCGCAGGAUGCCACUCAAUCAGUUGCCCAACUUAUUUAUUGCUUGGUGAGCAGAGACGUCAGACCCACAGUUGUAGGUCUGGAAAAGAUCAUCUAAGCAACUGGGGUGACCUUCGACAAGCCGCCUGUUUCCUGUCCUCGUCGAGGCCACUAGGGUUAGUGGCCCUCAGGAGCCAUGUUGCGGGGUCUGGAUUUUGUUCGUAAAACACUGCAGUCUUCUUUUGUAUUGCCAGCCCGUAGGAUUAUACAUAAUGCAUUCAAUAAGCACCUUUUCAUCACAAAUUUAACCCUCUCAUUUUCUCUCUCAGGGAUGGGUGAUAUCCUUCAACAACAUCAUAAUAUGAUCAGCAAGCAGCAAAAAUCUUGGGACAUAGCCCGAACACGACACAUGACGUGCACAGGCUUAACUGUAGGGGCUCUCUGUCACCACUGGUAUGUCUUGCUAGACAGAAAAUUUCCAGGUCGAACAUUCAAUGUGGUGAUUAAGAAGCUGCUGGUGGACCAGUUACUGUUCUCACCAGUCUGCCUCACAGUUUUCUUUAUAUCCCUUGGACUCUUCAGAGGAGGUGAUUGGGAGGAGUUCCUCACAGAUCUUCGUCAUAAAAGUUGGAGGCUGUAUGCUGCAGAAUGGAUUGUAUGGCCUCCUGCACAGACUAUUAACUUCUACAUGCUCCCAACAAAGUACCGUGUCUUAUAUGAUAACGUUAUAUCUCUUCUCUUUGAUGUUUACACGUCACAUGUUUGCUAUGAUAUAAAUAUAUGCAAAGAUGCUGCUUUAGAAGAAAAUGAUGUUAACAAAGGAACAUUAAAAAGUAUUUAUGAAAUUGAUAGCAGUAAAAACCUUUCAAGUUGAUGAGUGAGAAUUAUUACUGUAGAUAACCGUUUACACUACGAGUAUUUUAUAUAUUGGGCAUUGGAAGGUUUAACAUCUAAUGUCGAGUGAAUUAAUGUUGAGCAUAAAGUAUAUGCCAAUGCACUGUUGUGUUUUAGUAUCUUACAAAUUAUUCUUUUAACAAUGUUAUAUUGAAAGUAUGUUUAGGGAAUUUUCCACUUUACAAGAUUUACGAGUGCCUUUUUAUCUGCAUGGUCUUGUGUGCUAUUAAUGUGAACAACUGGUCUGAUUUACUUGAUGCACACUGAAGACCUUCAUUAGUUCAGUAAUUACUUGUAAAUAUAUAUAUUUAAAAGUAUAUGUACAAUAUUUGUAUAAUGUAUAAAUAUAUAUGUAAAUUUUUUAAGAAUACAAGAAAUUGUUAUAUUAAAGUUAUUUCAAGUGAAUUAAGUGAAGUAAUUGCAAAAUUUGUAAUAAAGCUAUAUUUUGUUUAUGGUCUUUAAUUGUACAUUUAGAAACUUGUCAUGUUUAAGAAAAUGUUCAAUUCACUGACAGGAUCAUUAUAUUUGAAAAAAAGUUUAGGGUAAUGUCACCAGUCUGUCCAAUGGACAAUUACCUUCACCUAAAAAACAAUAGUACUUGCA